GCCGCCGAUCUCGGCUCGGCUCCACUCGGCUCGGCUCGGCCCGGCCCUGCCCCGGCCCCGCGCGGCCGAUGGGCGGGGAGAGGCGCGCGCCAUGGAUCUGCGCACGGCAGUGUACAACGCAGCGCGCGACGGCAAGCUGCAGCUGCUGCAGAAGUUGCUGAGCGGCCGCAGCCGUGAGGAGCUGGACGAGCUGACCGGGGAACCGGCGGCCGGGGCUGCCGGGGGCCCGGCCGCCGGGGGAACGCCGCUGCUCAUCGCCGCCCGCUACGGCCACCUGGAUGUGGUGGAAUACCUGGUGGACCGCUGCGGCGCCAGUGUGGAAGCGGGCGGCUCGGUGCACUUCGACGGCGAAACCAUCGAGGGCGCGCCGCCGCUGUGGGCCGCCUCCGCCGCCGGGCACCUGGGCGUGGUGCAGAGCCUGCUGCGGCGCGGCGCCUCGGUGAACCGCACCACCCGCACCAACUCCACGCCGCUGCGCGCAGCCUGCUUUGAUGGCCAUCUGGACGUGGUGCGGUACCUGGUCGGCGAGCACCAGGCCGAUCUGGAGGUGGCCAACCGGCACGGACACACUUGCCUGAUGAUCUCCUGCUACAAGGGACACUGCGAGAUCGCGCGCUACCUGCUGGAGCAGGGCGCGCAGGUGAACCGGCGUAGCGCGAAAGGAAACACGGCUCUGCACGACUGCGCCGAGUCCGGCAGCCUGGAGAUCCUGCAGCUGCUGCUGGGCUGCAAGGCGCGCAUGGAACGGGACGGCUACGGCAUGACCCCGCUGCUGGCCGCUAGCGUCACGGGCCACACCAACAUCGUGGAGUACCUCAUCCAGGAGCAGCCGGCCCCCGAGCUCCAGGUGCAGCCCAAGCUGCAGGAAGCUGCCGGGCCCAGCACCAGCCGCGCGCCGGAAGAGGCUCAGUCCCCGGAGCCGUACGAGAGCUGCUGCCCCACCAGCCGAGAAGCCGCGGUGGAGGCUCUGGAGCUGCUGGGGGCCACCUUUGUGGACAAAAAGCGGGACCUGCUGGGCGCCCUCAAGUACUGGAGGAGGGCCAUGGAGCUGCGGCACCAGGGCGGGGAGUACCUGCCCAAGCCCGAGCCUCAGCAGCUAGUCCUAGCCUAUGAUUAUUCCAGGGAAGUGAAUACCGCGGAAGAGCUGGAAGCCCUCAUUACCGACCCUGACGAGAUGAGGAUGCAGGCUCUGCUGAUCCGCGAGCGCAUCCUGGGACCCUCCCAUCCAGACACUUCCUACUACAUUCGCUACAGAGGGGCGGUGUAUGCAGACUCGGGCAAUUUUGAGAGAUGCAUCCACUUGUGGAAGUACGCCCUGGACAUGCAACAGAGCAACCUGGAACCUCUGAGCCCCAUGACCGCUAGCAGCUUUCUCUCUUUUGCAGAACUCUUCUCCUACGUGCUGCAGGACCGAACCACCAAGGGCAGCCUGGGGACCCAGAUCGGCUUCUCUGACCUCAUGGGGGUGCUCAGUAAGGGAGUGCGAGAAGUGGAGAGAGCCCUGCAGCAUCCCAAAGACCCUGGUGACUCUUCACAGUUCACCAAAGCCCUAGCUAUCAUUCUCCACCUAAUAUAUCUUUUGGAAAAAGUGGAAUGUACCCCAGAACAAGAGCACCUCAAACGCCAGACUGUCUACAGGCUUCUCAAAUGCAGCCCCCGGGGCAAGAAUGGCUUCACCCCUUUGCAUAUGGCUGUGGACAAGGACACGACUGCUGUGGGCCGCUACCCGGUGGGCAAGUUCCCCUCUCUGCACGUGGUGAAUGUGCUGUUAGAAUGUGGGGCUGACCCAGACAGCAGGGACUUUGACAACAACACCCCAUUGCACAUAGCUGCCCAGAACAACUGCCCCCUGAUCAUGAGUGCCCUGAUGGAGGCUGGUGCCCACAUGGAUGCAACUAAUGCCUUCAAGAAAACCGCCUAUGAGCUGCUGGAUGAAAAGCUGCUCAGCAAGAGUACCAUGCAGCCCUUCAACUACAUUACCCUCCAGUGCCUUGCAGCCCGUGCCCUAGACAAGCACAAGGUCCCGUACAAGGGCUUCAUCCCCGAAGAACUGGAGGCUUUCAUUGAACUGCACUGAAUGGGGGGAGGGGGGUUACCCCUCACCAUCCCUCCUUGCUCACCAUCCAUCCUCAGCGGAGAGGGAGGUACCAGGGCUUUGUGUAAUACCUUAUAUUUCCCACCUUCCCAGAGAGUGUGGGAUGGCUUCUGGUAAAAUGUGCCUCGGGGUGGGGUGUAGAGCUUCCAUAUUCCCCAUUGACUUCUCCUUUGAGUGAGAAAUCCAGAGUUAGUACACCAUAAAGGCCUUCAGGGAAGUGCACCAGGAAGCUACCUUCCCUCAAUCAAUUCAAUUAUUGCUAGAAGGGAGAAAGAAACGCCAAGUUCUUUCAUGAAUUCUGUGUUUUCCUAUCCUCCCACAUGCUGGGAGGCUUACAUUGACCUUAACCAUAGGGGCAGAGAGAUGGAAGCCAUGGCCUUACUAACCUACCGGAACAUGAGAUAGAAGCAGAAAAUGGUAUAUUGCCCUCUUUCCCCUUGGAUGCCCAAUCACCUCAGCUGUCAGGGCUCUUGAGAAGCUAUCUUCUGACUUAUGGGUCGCAGUGGCGCAAUUUUGCAAUUCAAGAAGCAAAGAGAUUUCUUUUUCCUAGUUUGUCCCCAACUACUCUGUGUUGUCCUGGUUACCAUGGAGUGGGGGUCAGCUGGAGCCCAGUAGAACUGGCCACCACUUAACACAGCUUUCAGUUGGUUUGGUUUUUAUUUUUUGAGUGGCCAGGUCGCAAGUGUUGUGCAGAAGUCCUAAGAUUUUGCUGCCUGUUUGUGAAGCUGGAUUUCUGCGGUUCCCCCCAAUCCCACUGACAGAUCCGUUUGAUUGAAAGCAGUAUUUGUUUUGCAGUCCCUGGUAUGGGCGAUACAGGUCAAAAUGGUGUGUGAAGACUUGUGUGUGCUUUACAUUUAAUAUGGAAGUCUGGCUUCAAUCCAUAAAGCUCUAUAGACAGUUCCAUUUUUAAAACCUCAUUCUACCCUUAGCACAUGGGCCUCCCAAAUUUCUCCCCUCUCGGUAGGAGAGCCCCCCAACUCACUUGCUUAGAAGCCAUGAACCAGCACUAUGUUCGAGGGGCUGUGCACAACAUCGGUUCUCUGAUACAGAAGGAGCCACCAAAGCUUUUGUUUCCAUAUUAAAGCCAGAGAACGUUUCCUACCCAGCUUCAGUCUCCAUGCUCGUUUUGUCAUUUAAUUGAUAGACUCCGUGACUUGGGGGCUGUAAUUGUUUUUAAAGCCGUCUACCAGAACUGAAGGUCCCACAUAGGGCAGUAGUUUAAUAAAGAAAAUGCAACUAGAAUGUCGGCAUUAGGCCAUCAGUGACGGGCUUUAAACUCGAGUUUACAGAAAGCUGUUUCCCAUAACGGGAGGCUAAGUGCUGGCAAGAGCAGGUGGUCUUGGAAAACAUGCCCAUCACGGGUUUUUUCUCAGGAGAGAUGACUGACUACAGAGGCUUUGGCAGGCAGCAGGGAGAUUAUUGGCCUGGCCAGAGUGAAAGUCUAACAGAAAAGGUUAAACAGCUGCCCCUCUUCAUUUUUGGAGAAAGGUCAGGCUCAGGAGAGUGAAGUUUUGACACUAAUCCACUGUACUGCAUAUCUAAAAGCCACCAUUAGAUUAGUGUUUGCAGGCCACCAAAGACCAGGAUGCUGAUAAUCUGAUGCCCUGCCCCUUUAAGGAAACCAGGUCUGUCGUUUAGUUUUGCAGUGUUAAACUAUAAAUUGAUUUAUUUAUAAGACAGCUUAACUUCUAUCAAGGUGGAAAAUGCAGUAAUGUUCUCACUGGAAUGCAGAAUAAACUAAAAAAAAAAAAAAAAAAAAAAA